AUGAAACAAAGAAUUAGUGGUCUGGAUUUGAAGCUUUUGGCUAAAGAAUUAAAAGAAUCUUUGGUAUCUUACAGAUUGACAAAUAUCUAUAAUGUGGCCGAUUCAAGUAAACAAUUCUUGCUGAAAUUUGGUAAACCUGACUCCAAAUUGAAUGUCGUUGUAGACAGUGGUUCUAAGAUUCAUACCACCACAUUCACUAGGCACACCCCAGAAGCUCCCUCUGGCUUUGUUUCCAAAUUAAGAAAACAUUUAAAAAGUAAGCGUUUGACUGCAUUAAGACAGAUUCCAAAUGACAGAAUCCUGGUAUUCCAAUUUGCAGAUGGGCUUUAUUAUUUAGUUCUAGAGUUUUUUAGUGCCGGUAAUGUUAUGUUACUUGAUGAGAACCAAAAUAUAUUGAGUCUACAAAGAAUUGUCUCCGAGCAUGAGAAUAAAGUCGGAGAGAAGUACGAAAUGUUUGAUAGUUCGUUAUUCCAUUCCGAAACAACUGAAGAUAUAGAAACUGUUCAGUUCUCAACUGAAUUAGUAUCAUCAUGGUUGAAAGAAAUAGAAGAAGAACAGAAUAUAACGUCUAGUAUUACAACUGUUACUUCUGAGAAAAAGAAAAAAAAGAAAGUUUCGAUUCAUAAAUUAUUAUUAAGGAAGCAACCCCAAUUGUCGUCCGACUUACUUUCGAAUAAUUUGAAAAAGACUGGGAUUGAGCCAUCUACUCGGUGUCUUGAGUUUUUAGGUAAAGAACAAGAGAUUUCUACACUUCUGACCGAAACGCAAGAUGAGUAUAUCCAAUUAAUAAAAGAAAAAGAAAGAUGUGGAUAUAUUGUUGCUCAAAAGAACAAGAAUUUUGAUUCUGAGAAACACGACCAAGAGCUUGAAUUUAUAUACGAAAACUUCCAUCCAUUCAAACCCUUUAUAGAGGAAAAAGAAUUGGACAAAUUUCGUGUUAUCGAAAUAGCAGGUGAAUAUAAUAGAACUGUAGACACCUUUUUUUCUACUAUCGAGUCAAAUAAAUUGGCUUUGAGGAUCCAGAGUCAAGAGGCCCAAGCACAAAAGAGAAUCGAUGAUGCACGGUCAGCAAACGAAAUGAAAAUUAAGGCAUUAACUGAUAUCCAGUCAUCCAAUGAACACAAGGCCGAACUUAUCAUCAACAAUGCAGAUUUGGUAGAACAAGCAAAGGCAGCUGUACAAAAUUUAAUUGAUCAACAGACAGAUUGGAGCACAAUUGAAAAGUUGAUUCAAAGUGAACAGAAGAAAGGAAAUAAGAUUGCAAAAAUGAUAGAAGUUCCAUUAAUGCUUAAAAAGAAUAAAAUCAAUGUCAGACUUCCCUUAGAAAAUACAUUAGAUGAAUCAAGUGUAGCUAUAUACGACAGGGAAUUAUCUGAUUCUAGUGACAGUAGUGACAGUAGUGAAUCAUCCGACUCAUCCGACUCAUCCGAUUCCGAUUCCGACUCUGAUUCUAGUUCCCAUAGGAAUACUAAGAAAUCAAAAAUCAGACGUAAAAUCAAAAGUACUACAGCCCAAACUGCGACCGUUACUAUUGAUUUAGGACUGUCCGCAUAUGCCAACGCUUCUCAAUACUUUACUGUCAAAAAGACAGGUGCUGAGAAACAAAAAAAGGUUGAGAAGAAUCUCGAGAAGGCUAUGAAGAACAUUGAAGUCAAAAUUGACCAACAAUUGAAGAAAAAGAUGAAGGAAACACAUAAAGUGUUAAAAAAAAUUAGAACACCAUACUUUUUUGAGAAGUAUAACUGGUUUAUUUCAAGUGAGGGAUUCCUUGUAUUGCAUGGGAAAAGUCCACUUGAAACUGAUCAGAUAUACAGUAGGUUUAUUGAGGAUAAAGAUGUUUUUAUGUCAAAUAAUUUCAAUACUCAUGUCUGGAUUAAAAAUCCUGAUAAAACUGAAAUACCACCCAACACGUUAAUGCAGGCAGGAGUAUUCUGCAUGUCGACUAGUGCAGCUUGGUCUAAAAAGGUGUCUUCCUCUGCUUGGUGGUGCUACGCUGAAAAUGUGUCCAAAUUCGAUGAUCAUGAUGGCGUUCUUCCUAGUGGUGUAUAUAGAAUUAAAAGGGAGUUAGAGAAAAAUGAACUAUCUCCCUCUCAAUUAAUUAUGGGUAUAGCAUUCCUGUGGAAAAUAAGAAGCGACGAAUCAGUUCCUGAUGCGGACGAUGGUGUAACUUCUGUUCCUGGGUUAGACGAAACCGUAAACCCAACUAAGAAAACUGAUCUUGAUAAUGAAAUCCCAAGUAAGAUCAAAGAGGAAAACAUACUGUCUUUGACAGAAAUGGAUGUUGAGAAUGCGAAUGACUUCUCAAAUUUAACACCAAACGAAAGUGAGUUUGCCUUACCUAAGGAGGGUGAGCUGACCAGUAUUCCUAGAGAAGAAAAUGACACGAAAACUAUUGCCACUACUACUAUUUCGAAAAUGUCCAAAGGCGUUCGUGGUAAGAAAGGUAAAUUAAAGAAGAUGCAACGUAAGUAUGCCGAUCAAGAUGAUGAAGAACGUUUAAUGAGAUUAGAUGUCCUUGGAACACUAAAAGGUAUCGAGAGACAGGAAGAGAAGGAGCGGACUGAAACGUUAAAGCAAGAAGAAAGGGAGUAUAAGAAGGCACAACGUGAGAAGCAGAUAGAGAAACAAGUAUUACAGUUUUCGUCCAACGAAAAAGUACAUGCUAACUACCAUAAUUUCAAAGAUCAACUGAAACCCUCAUUGACGUACGGUGAUGAUGUGGUCGAUGUUAUACCAGUAUUCGCACCCUGGUCUGCUCUCCUGAAAUAUAAAUACAAAGUUAAAAUUCAACCUGGGAGUGCAAAGAAGACAAAAUCUAUGACAGAAGUGUUGCGUUAUUUCAUGGGCCGAAAUAUUGACAAUAAGUCAGAAGAUAAGGAAACGGAUUGGCCAAUUGAACAUAAAUUAAUAAAGAGUAUUAACGAGAGCGAUUUAAUUCCACUUCUCUGCGUUGAUAAACUUAACUUAUCUCUUCCUAACAGUAACAAAACUAAAACUAACUCCAAGGGAGCUCCAAAAAAGCAAAAAUCAGGGAAGAAAUCGAAAAAGAGAAUGUGA